AUGGCCAAACCACUUCCCAUUUGUGCCGAUUUGAUCGAUUGCAAUUAUGCUGUUGCAGGGCAUGACGGCACUCUUUCUGAUAUCGACGGGGAAUUGUUCAUUAAACCUUGUACCGAUACCGAGAUCGCAUUUUACAACGACACCAUAGCAAACCACCAAGACUUUUAUGAUUUUAUGCCAGAAUUUCUUGGAACCUUACAGUUGGAUGAGAAUCAGAACAAAGCGAUUGAAGAGAAGGCGGCCGAGUUGAUCGCACAGCAUUCAAUACCUGAAGCUUCUUACCCAGGCAGGACAAAUGGCAAGAGAAUUGUUACCAAUCAAGCCGUGGUUCUCAUGAAUGCAUCGCACGGAUUUGUAAAACCUAAUAUCCUCGAUGUCAAACUCGGUGUACGAUUAUGGGCAGACGACGCGCAUCAAGAGAAGAAGAAAAGAUUCGACAAAGUUACUGAACAAACCACACACAAAGACUUCGGGUUUCGCAUCGCAGGUAUGAGAGUAUGGCAGGGACCGGAUGCCAAGGGCGAUGAUAUAGAUGAGGAUGGUUAUAGAAUAUAUAAUAAAGACUACGGCAGGUUCGAGUUAAACAAUGGCAAUGUUCACGAGGCAUUUAAGAAUUUCAUCUUCACAGAAGCGGCUGGCAUCGACAAAGAGUUAGGGCAGUUAAUAUCGCAGGCUUUUCUUAUGGAUCUGAGAAGAAUACAAGAUGUUUUGGAAAGUCAGGAGAGCAGAAUGUACUCCGCCAGUCUUCUGUUUGUUUUUGAGGGUGAUGGAAAAGCAUUGCGCACGGCAAUGGAAGAAGCCAGCCGAACCCCUCCUCCAACAACAAUUGAACAUGCUUCCUCAUCGUCCGGAGAAACCCAAUCAUCCUUUGAAGAGGAGGAAGAUGAAGACGAAGAUGACAUUGAAGAGGGGUCUUUUCCAAAGAUAUAUGCUCUAAAGGUCAUAGACUUUGCUCAUGCGCAGUGGACUCCUGGUCUGGGACCGGAUGAGAACGCUCUUGUAGGAAAAUAUUUACCGAAGUUUGACUUCGAAGCUAGAGCUGCAGCGCCAGCAGCUGUCUCACAUACGAAUAUUCAUGAGCUCCAAGCAAACUCUGAAUGGCGCUUCGAGGUCGCCAUAGGGUCGAGUAUUGAUGUGAAGGUUCUUUCAGGCACCGCAGAAAUCUUCGGCACAGAACUCGCUCUCAAUCAUACAUAUACAUUUCGCGGCACCAAAUCAUCCAUCUACACCUGGCACGGCUGUCGCCUCGAACCGGUUGUGACGAGGUUGGCGCUGGCCGCGACGAGUAGGUUGCAGGAUGAUGUGAAGUGUAGGGAGACGGGCAUGAUUAUUGAUACUCCGGGAGUUAUUAGUCAGGGGAAGGGAGGCUAUGAGUUGAUUUCUCAUAUUGUUUCGGAGUUUUCAGUCAAUAUUAUCCUGGUGCUGGGCUCAGAGAGAUUACACAGUGAUAUGAUACGGCGAUUCUCAGCACACAAGACUGAUAGCGGAGAAGCCAUUACUCUUGUGAGAUUGGACAAGUCAGGAGGCUGUGUCGAUAGAGAUGAUGCAUUCAUGCAACAAAUGCGGGACGCAGCCAUCAAGGAAUACUUUUUCGGAGAUGCCAAAAGAACCUUGAGUCCGCAUACACAAGUUGUUAAUUACGAUGAGCUUUCCAUUUUCAAAGUUAGAGAAGCACAUUCAAUGCACAGCGCAUUUUUACCGGGAGGAGAAGAAGACGCUGAACCGACACAAUAUGAAAAAGUAGAGCCGGUACCCAUGAUGUUGCAUUGCAUCUUCGCAGUCAUGCACGCAUCGACGAGGGAUUCGCAAGAUACUAUUCGGGAUGCAAGUGUUAUGGGAUUUGUAUAUGUAGCAGAAGUGGAUGAGAAGAAAAAGCGAUUGAAGAUUCUGGCACCGCUGAAUACGAGAGUCACGGAUAGACCAUUGAUUUGGGGUAGUUGGCCUGAAGCCCCAGUGAAUUUGAUGGGAUAA